ACGUCCUCAUAUAUCUUAUAGAUUUGGUUUCCUAUUACAGACUCUGAAGAUAAAAGUGCUCAAUGCCGUUUGCAGUAUCUUUUUCUCCUAAAGCUUUACUGUUCAACAGUGCGACAAGAGCGCUGAGUUGAUAGGAAUCAAGAGAAGACCGAAAGACCAGCAUUUCCUUGAAUAAGACAAACGCUUUGGCAAUAUUUUCAACGCGAUCAGACAGUCCUUCAUUCAAAUGGCCCUGCCGAACCACUCUUUGAUAUUUUUCUUAGGGUUAAUCGCGUUGAGAAUCGGGGAAGUGAGCUCUUUCGGAAAGACAUCAUCUAAAGGUAAGUUGUUUUGCUUCCUUUGUAAAAGCUUAUUUUGAUUCAGGUUUCACCUAUAUAUUCCAAAUUGGAGUGAAUGCGUCACUGAGUCACUGACCGAGUUAGCUAGAAAUCUCCACUGUGGAGGAUUACGGCAUUUCGUAACCAAAUAAAUCGAAACUCUUGAAGUAUCCAUCCAUGACCAUGUUCAAUAAAUAUUUUAACUGUAUUUCAGAGCGCUAGUACUUUUCCUUAAACAUGAAAAAAUCGUUAUUGCAUGCUUUGUAUCAACCUACGUUUCAGCACACGUUUAUUCAUCGACUGAAACCUCGAUUUGUUUACAGUAUUCAGUUGCGCCAGUUAUCGUAAAUCGCUCCCCUAACUCCAGAAGAUUAAUACCACUUUCAAUGAUGGUUUGUUUUUUCUGGGUAAUUUAUAUAUUGCUCUCCUGUGAGGUUGUGGCUAGAACAAGAAAGCCACAGAUUUUAUCUACAAUAAUAUAUGCUUAUGUUUACCUUAUUGUAAAAAAGCGUUUGAUAGUUAUCACAUAUGCUGACAAUUUUAAAAGUAUUUGAUAGUUAUCUCCCUCUAACACUCUGAGUAACUGUUUUUUUUUUGUUCCUCAUGGCACUUUCUGUAUUCUGGUUGUAUUAAGUGUAAGUAACACCACAUUCUUAAUGUUUUGUAGCUGGUGUAUUUUCAGUAACUCGAGGAUUCAAUUAAGAUACUUCAGGACGCUUCUAAGUAAUUUAAUAAAUCAAUCGUGAUCAUAAACUGUUAUCUCUAUCACACAAGUAUUCAAUAAAGUAUUAUGUUGGUUACUGGCCGGAUACACGCUUAUAACUGAGUAAUGUUUCGUAAUCCCUGGCGUAUAAAUAGUUCGGCCAGUUACUCUGUUUUCUGUCGAGGACUCGUUCAGAGGAUACCUGCUAAUUGUCAAGUGCACGUUGCACACAAUCCAAAAAUUUGAAUUCGCACCAAGACAUAUGAAAGUUGAAUGCAGAAACGUGGCCCUUUUGCCUUUUCAAAUGCCUUUCCACAAAAAUCAAACCAUCUUUCCCUAGGUCACAUGGCGACUGUAAUUAGAGGGUAACCGUAAAUUCAAGCCACGGGAUUACUGCGCUGUGGGCCGGGAAAGGGAAGUUAACAGACUGGGGAAUCCGCCGUUACUUCUCGCUUUCGACACAGCCUUUCAUUUCCACUGACUUUUACCAAGAGCAAUUUAUACUCGCUAAUGUCGCAAUACAUGGAUUCUGUACAAGCAGUAGUUCUGCAGUGCCUUCUACGCCAUGGAAAAGAAUAAGCGCUGUUUUCACGGAUGGUAGAUUUUUAACACAAAAUUAUCAAGGUCAUAAGUAAACAUAUUCGAUUACUAUCAUCAAGGCGAAAUUGAACAAAAACAUGUAUUCAAGAUAAUUUACUGUGGUAAAAUAAACACAGAAUGCCUUCAAUUUGUAAGCAUUUUGUCUUGUCAGAGUUAGACCCCACACAGAAGUGUCUUUCACUAUCAGUAACAAUAUACCGUUCCCGUUUCCCUCAUUUAUCGUGCUGGGUUGAGUCGCGCGCACGGUGACUUUUGUUCAUUGACCAGCUGUAAACAGGAAACUAAGAAAUGUUGAUUUAUUUUACCCUCUAUCCCAUUGCGCGUUUCCGGAAUAACCUAGGGGUAGAGACAGCGGUAAAACAACCCAGAUUUUCUUUGAUUCCACUUUGUGCAAUGGACUAAUCGUUUAAAUAAUAAUUGGUGUAUUCAACUUUCAUUUCCUAAAAUAAUGAUAACCAGCCACAUGUUUUGACUACGUACAACCAGAAGCGCGCACUAAAUAUUAACAAGGCAACGUUAGGCACUGUAACACUAUUUUCUUACCCCACCUCCCCCACCUUACUAAAGAAAAAUAAAUAAAUAAAAAGGAAAAGAAAUCUUUAAUAAUAAUAAUCAUUAUGAUGAAAAAAGUUGACUCAAAUGUAUAAGUGGUCCUCAUCUUUUUUCCCUGUGUGAAAAAUAAUAAUAAUAAUAUUUUUAAAAAAGGUAAUUAUUUUUCAUAGGUAAAAAAUCAUUAUUUUUUUGCUUGAACGCAAAACACGGUGACUAAUUAAAUGUUGUCGAUCGACCAUACCUAACCAACUUUUCUUCCUCUAAGAUAAACAAAAACUUACAGGGUCGAUCUUAGUUCCAUCGUCGUUUACAAAAGGGCGAGAGACCCUUAUAAUUUCCCUUUUUGGGGAUUGUAACCUCUAAGCCAUAUAUAUUGCGCACGCGCCGAUUAGGGCAAAAAGAUUACACCUCGAAUACAGCCCUCUUUCUAUAACACGGACACCUUUGGAACCCGCACUAAGAGGCCUUCUUAGGGAGAUACCCGUCUUAUAAAGAGUCAAGUAAAGGGGGUAAAGAAAGGCAGGGACCAACUCUAGGUCUUACAGAGGUGUCCGUUAUGGGAGAGUCAGCUGUAUCAGGAUUAAAAUAAUUGAUUGUUAAGGGUUGAAAAGGCCACUUUAAAAGCCGGUUUGCUAUUAUCUGCGGCGUCAGUCGUCUUCCUUUUUUGGUGACUUUACAGUGAUGAGAGGGGUAAGAAUAUUGUUCUUUCGUUCUUUUAUUUGUUUUUGUUUGUUUGUUUGUUUGUUUUGCAUGGCAUCUCGAGUAUUAUCUAAUUAUGACUAGAGGAAGCCAUAAUUAGUUUCGUGCAAAAAAAAGCGAGGUGUGGUCUUCUGAGCUUUUUAUGUGCUGAGAAGUUAGAAUGAUCCUAUUAUGUUGCGCCUGAGGGAAAAAGGGCGGUUUUCGGUCACCGCACUUUAAAAUGUUGUAAGCCAUCCAUAAAAGUCACGUAAUUGCGUUUUCAACUUGUAACAUACACUAUACUAUAUAUUACUAUAAAAAUAGAUACCGCUUACUUUGCGCCUUUUAGUCCAUUUUGUUGGGUACACUUAUUCUUGAAUGGCGGUAAGUUGAAACGGAAGAGAGGAACCAUGGGGGGUCCCGAAAAUUCGGAAUAAAGCGCCUGGAGGUGUACCAGGUGUACAAUAGAGAUACUAUUUGCUUAUUGGUUAAAGACCACUGCCAGUGACUGUGUCUGAUAACUAAGGUUCUAGAAGACUGAGAAUUGUUUAAGGGUUUUUAGAAUACAAUUUCAGACAAAAGGAUGGCUGCCUUUUUGCCCCAAUCCAUCCUCUCUUUUUCCUAUCUCCCUGUCUCAUGAAUGGGAAAGAAUUAAUAAUUCUUACAUUUCGUUUCCGUAAAAAGACAAAAAAGCACAGCUAGGGGGUGAAAUUUUAAUGAAAACUUUCAUCGAUUGCUUCAUAAAUUAUAAGGGAAACAGGUUUUGUGAACAUCAGGCCAGUAUUAUUAUAAGACCCUUGAAGUGGGUUAGGAUUGAGACAUGCUUGCCCUGAAACCAUAAGUCUAAAGGGCAUGUACAUGCAAUAUACUGAUCAAAAAUACUGAUUUAAUUUUUUAGCUUUUUUACGAAAAUGUCUUGACCCUGGUGUUCCGAAGAAUGGAUUUCGGGUAGGAGAGGACUUCAGCUAUAAGGAGACUGUGGAGUAUUUUUGUAAUCCUGGAUUUAAACUGACAGAAGGAACCCGUUUUCGAAGUUGCCAGAAGAACAAUAAGUGGAAUGGAACGUUGCCCACUUGCAAAGGUUUGUUAAACCAUUGUGAACCAUAUGCAAAUCACUGUGAUAUGAAUAAAUUCUUUCAUAAUAAUGAUAAUAAUUAUGACAAUGACAAUAUAAUAUUAAUGUGAUGACAAAAUAAUAUAUUCAAAUUAAAUAAACUGCACAAAUUCGGAAUGAGUACAAUAACUUUUCAGUUAACUUUAUCCCACACUUAGUAUCCUGGUGAUUUCAAGUUUAGUAAGGGUUUGGCUGAGAGAGUUGACUGCAUACCUGAAGAACGUUCAGAUUUGCUGUCCGAUCCUCCCUCAUUCUUACUCUUAACAGAGACGCUUCUCCCAACAAUUGUUUUUCUCUAUAAAACCUAUUCAGAUCAAUAAAAUCAGUCGAAGAACCGCCAAGUGAAUGUGUUACAGUCGUUGUUAAUAUUAUCUAAAGUUUUUGAAAGUCAUGUUUUUUUUUAGAAUUGUAGUCACAGAUAUACCGUCCCGUUGUUUAAGUGUCCAUAAUUUUCAAAACAAAAAUGCUUCACAACUAUUUCAUUUUGUUUUUCGUAUAGCUUCACCUCGAUUACCUGCAGACCUGUUAGCAACGUAUUCACUCAAUAUAAUUAUUUGGCGUUAGAGCGCAUUUUCCCUUGUCAGUUUUUGUUUACCAUGAAACUGAUUGAAAUGGAAUUUGGAAUUGUCGGUUUUUGAGGAGAAGGGGACAUAUAUAUAAAACCCUAUUAAACUAUCGCGCCACCUUCUAUUCUUCUGAUUCUAAACUUAGAGGUGACCGAAUAUUGUUACAAUGUUUACGCAGAUAUCAACGAAUGCCGCGAGUACGAGGAUUAUAUACUCCCAUACACUAACAACAAUGACGUACGAGUAAAGCAUAUUCAUCUGUGCCAUGGAAAAGCCACUUGCUUAAACACCAUUGGCUCAUUUCAUUGCAAGUGUAAUCCAGGUUACUAUGGCGACGGAAAAUACUGCGUUUCUGAGAAACACUUGUCCACGGCUAUGAAAAGUAAGUGGUAAAAACAACAACAAGCAAUAACCAAAAGGGUAAAUAACUCGGUUGCAAAUGUCGACUCGAUAAAUAGGUUUUUGAUAGACUGGAGUCAGUAUUAAGUGGGAAAUAUCAGCUUUUAUUUUUUGAUUUUUAAGCCUACCUGAUAACACAAGAACGGUGAAUGUAAGAUUAGUAGCUAGGAAAUUUUAAAACCCUUGAUCGACGAUCGAUCUUUUAAUUGAUAACCAACGUGUAGCUUGUUUGGUAAAAUAGCCAUGUUUUCCCGCCUUUUUUUCAACCGUCUACAUUCGUCUAACUGUCCGUGACAUACUUGUUGGUAACGUUUCAGGCGGCUUUGGGUCUUUGAAGUAAAUUCGUGAUAAAUGUUCGUGCGACAAGAAUUGUGGCCAGUGUCAGUGAGUUUAAAAUUGGAACGUUUUUCGAUGGUUGACAGAUUAAUAAGUUAACCUAUCUCUUGCCAUUUUUAGAUGAUAUUGAUAUUUUACCUAGUACUUUUGUUGCAAGGAAUAAGAAGUUACGACCAUUAUCUUACCUACUACUUUUGUUACAGAAAAGAAGAAGCUAUCACCAUACACAUGCGGUACAUUAGGACAGAAGAAUGCGACUCGUACGAGGCGAAUUGUUGGUGGGAUAUCAUCUUCACAUGGAGCCUGGCCUUGGCAAGUAGCCAUAUCUUACGCCAACACAAGUACGUAUAUAUUACUCUGAGAUAUUAAUUUGUAACUCUCAAAUGACAAAAUGUUUUCAAAGUGAGUCAAUUUCUGGUUCAAACAUCCCCUUUUUCACUAUUUCUGCGUUAUGCCGAAAAAAAGGGCAGGGAAUCGUAAAACCCGGAACAGUGUCAGUGACUUGUCUGAUCGUCGAUCAGUUUUACGCUUAACGGGAACGAAAUUGCAAUAGUUUUCAGCGUCAACUUAGAACUGGAUUGCGAUGUUGAUUUUAUAAACCUUUACACAGAGAUUUUAUUCGCCUUUUUUAAAAUUUCUUCUCAAUUUAGAUCUGAUAAACCUUAUUACUUGCAAACGCAAAAAUCAUAACAUUAAUUCCACAAGUCUGCAUUCAGGUUGAGCUUAUUGUGAUUAGAUAAAGGGAUUGGUUUCUUUUUUUUAUGAGUCAAGUCUGAUACGUUAUUUCUUUGAGGAUAAGUCCGUAAAACACAGCUUUUGCAGGACACGCCUCCCACAAUGGUCACUAAGCAUCUUAAGUUAGGAUAUAAAUUUACGACAUAAUCUUAAACUAAAUUACGAAAGUUAUUCUCGGAUUGUCUUUUUCUUCCAAGCGGUGAAUAGGCCAUUUUACAGUUAUGAAUGGAAGCGAGGCUUUAUUAUGUAAAUCAAGUUAUUCUUAUGCUAACUAGUAUUUCCAUAACAAAGCAAAGGAGGUUUGCAUCAAAACAAGGUCACCGUCGUCGCAUUUACUCGAAGGCUAGGGUACUAAGUCGACGACUGUAAUAUGGUCUAUUAACCACGAUCUGACGAGUAACUAAGCUACCCUGGGAUGAAUAAUAUCGGUCGUCGUCAAAUUUAGCUGGGUCUUGAUAUUUCCUUUUCUAUUUAAGCAGAAAGCUGACAGUUGAAAGCAUUCUUAUAAUGCUCAUUACAUUGGGAGUACGCUGUUUAUCCUUAAUCAUGCGAAUUCCCGACAGAAUAAGCUUCUACCUGGAUUGCCUAGUUCUUCCAGAAAAUAAUGCUUCCUGUUUUGCUAGAAGAUAGAGCGAUUUCCUCCCAAAUAAACAUUGGCGAGGCCAUGGCAGACAAUACUGUAGUGACGACUGUGCCGAAUGGCUACUUUCAGCGAUAUGUGGGCCAAAGAUGCAAAUGCUGAUAUAUAUAUAUAUUUUUUGUAAUACGAACUGCUCUUGUAUAGUAGCUCUUGUUUAAGUUUACAGGCACUCUUCAUGACACUGAAUACUAAGCGACAAGUAAUAGGCGACCAGUCAUGAAGAGGAUUACAUAAUUUUUCGUCUAUAUGAAAAUAUAAAUAACACGCUGUUUAUUUUGUAAUAGAAAGAGCGCAAAGGGAUCGAAGAACCGCGAAAAUUGGGCCCACGGGGAAAUUGCUUGCUGGAUAGUCCAGCCGGAUGAUACUCAAAGGAAAUGAUUUCAGUUUUUCUCUAUUUUUUGUGUUGUUGUUGUUUAUAUUUUAAGAACGUUACUUCACUAUUUGAUUUCAUUUAUCAGUAAGAAUUGCCCGAGAAUAUUAAUCCCUGUUGUAUUGGAAAUAUAUUGCUGGAAAAUUCUCUCUUCUAUCUCUUCCAUUUUUUGAAAGUGAAAAACACGUGAGCAUAUCAGUGGGUACGAAAUUUUGACUGGGUUAAUACUCUUAUAAUCCUACGUAUAGCCCACAGUCACGGUCAAAACUUUUAUUUUUAUUAUUUUAAUUUUACGUUUGCCACACAGAAUAAAUAUUACAGAAAGAAAAGGAAAUAUAUUAUUACGAAGAUUGCAAAUUUAUCCUCAUACUUAAUUAUUAUUUAAUGUAAGCUACCAUGGUCAGGCGAGUUUAAUUUAUAGCUCUCUCGACAAGGUAAUUCAUUGAGACACUUCUUGAAAACACAGGAGACUCGCUCCCCUCACCCCCCUCCCCCCCACCCCCCCAGUGUGUUGAAUUUUCAGGUCUACUUGCACAUAUACCUCAAAGGCAAGGAGGACAAAAUCGGCUAGCGUUUCAUCAAGUAUGACCGGCAUUUUAGCUUUUAGGCACUGCCCUGUUUCGGUUCUUGAUAUCCAUAGGUCACGGUGCAAUUUAAGUGUAACUAGACAAAUAGGUUAUUUUUGUUUCACUGGGCAAAUAUUCCGCUAUAGAAGAAAAAGAAAAAAAAUAUAUAUUAGGUACAUUUAAUCGUCGUCUGAUGGAUUUCAGGAACAGGAUAUUACCUUUUUAACGGAGCACUCAUCAAAUCGAGAUGGGUUCUGACAGUGGCCAAUGUCCUUCAAGUAAAAAAAGGCGCGAAACCAAUGAAACCAAGCAGACUUCGACUGGUCCUAGGUAAGUUAGAAUGUUCGCCAGUUUUACCUGGUUACUUUUAAAGCAUCUGCUUUAAGUCUUAGCGUAAGAAGAAGCUACCUUCAUAUAUGCAAAUUUUUAUUCUCAUGCUGACAUCUCAAUAGGCUUUGUAAUACGUUUCCAUGACCUCUCCACAACGGCUACUUUGGAGACAGAAGAAAGUGGCCGUUGUGAAAAGGUGGCCGCUAUGAGGAGGGUGUAAUAGGGCAAACUGUUUUUAGUUCAUGCUUACUGUAUCCCAUAAUGGUAAUCCAUUCAUAACAUAUAUAGAUCAUCAACGCGCGAUAUGGAUAAAACUUCCUGACCUUUCCUGGCUAAUUUCGUCAGUUGUUGAAAAAAACUGGCCGUAGUCGAGAGGUUAUUUUGGCUAGAGAAACGCUGUAGUGGCCCUUGUACAGAGGUUUAAAUAUCAGUGAAUGCACGGACUGUCCGCCGGAACAAAAAAAAAAGGGUGCAUGGCCGUUGUAGAGAGGUGCCGUUAAUGGAGGUUCGACUGUUAUAAUUAUUUAUUAAAAACUGAAUCAUUGGAUAAUACAAUUCUAGAGCUCUGAUUGGCUUAUCCAUCAUUAUGAGCCAUUAUACCAUGCUCUCCACAUGUGGUAACUGUACGCGUCUGCUCUGAAUUAAAAACAAGAUGAAUUCUUUUUUUACAAAUAAAGUCGGCAAGAAUUCUCUUUUUUUGGGCGUUUUUAAUAAAACAAUCAUUCCACUAGCGCGUGUUGGAUCGGCGUACGCGCCUAGUUGUCUAUCUAUCACCUCAUAUCCAACUUGCUCUCGUGGAAUAAUUGUUAAAUAUCACUAGGUCUGUUCCACCGUUUAAGACUGGGUUAACGACUUCUGUUUCUAUCCAGAAAUAAUUUGCCUUUGGAUUAAUACUUCCCCAAAUUAAUGAUUGGUCUUGUUAGGCCUAAGAAUAGAAGAGUAGAAAUUUCCUCAUAAGAUGCUCCUCUUUUUAUCUUCUAUUAAAGGAACAGUAUCCCGUUACUGCGCAUGCACCAAACUUUGAUUUUUGGACAGGAUGUCGCGAAAUCAAAAGAUGCGAGGAGAGUAAGAGAAUCUUGAAAAAUCCGUUUGCAUCGCGCUUGGCCGGAUUCAAUACGACACUAAAACUCCUCAGGAUUAUAGAUCAAUGAUAUAUUGUUCCUGUUAAGUUUCGAUUUGGGCAAAAUCUGGAUUUUUUGGCGUUACUUUUAUUGCCGUUGGCCGGAGGACCAAAAGAUUGGAACCACUUUGAUGCCGAUUGAAGGCUUAUUUCUUCUGCUAGCUUCCAUACAAGCUCAGAUAAUUGUGAAAGGAAUACGCAGAAAUGAAACAGCAACAAUAAAGACUGUAAGAAAGAAACCGUUGAGACAUUGAUGUGACUGAGGAGAUCUUGUGGAGGGGAGCUUCGUGAAGCAGAAUGUUUUGCAACAACGCGUUAGUAAACUUUUAAAUGAAUCUCCCUACGGCCGACAAAAUCGAACAAACAGGCGCUACAUGUUUUGAAAAACUAGUGACAUGAAAUCAUGAUAUCAUUUUUGACUAACCUUUGUGAUGAAUCAUAGCGUUGAGAUUGCAUUUUUAUUUAUGUCUUUCAAACGUUUGAGGCUAGAACGCGAGCAAAUCAGGCAGAUAUUACUGGACUUGGAGCUAUUGACCUCUGACACGAGUUUCAAAUUAGAAAAUAUGUUUUUAAAGCGAACGGAACGAGAUUUUCGGGUCGCGAGGCGGCCCAGCUAGCGAUAAAAUCGCGAUGAUUCUUCGAACCGCGAGCCAAAUUUUUAUAUAAGACGAAAGACUUCUUCGAAAGUCUAAAAUAUUACUUGAGAAUAUAAACAACAAAUCUCUGUCGGCGGUGCGGUCCGGAAGGAAAUCUUGUCGAGUCAAUUUGACAGUUCUAUUGUCUUUUGAAGAAAAAACAGAUGACGCUCGCGCGUGCGCAUAAUCGGGACACUGUCCCUUUAACAAUGCUCAUUAUCAUCAAUGACGACUGACGUUUUCCUCGUUAAUAGGUGGAUUCUGGAUUUUAAGAGAGAUGUAUCAUCUUUUAUAAAAUAACUAAGACAGUACGCGCGUUCUGAUUGUUUAAAAACCUAUGGUUUAUUGUGCCGGUAAACUCGUAAAAAAAUUCAAGUUAUUUUCUAAAAGCAAUGGACCACACAUUCUAUGGGUUUACCGGAGUGACACUCCACUUGGGGUGUUGGGAGAACACUCGAAAAGCUUAUGUAAAGCUUUUUAUUACAAGCUUUUCUCGUGUUCUUCCAACAUCCCGCGUGGGUUAUCACGGUGGUAAACCCAUAAAAAGUCUGGUCUUUUGCUGAAAUAAUGUCUGAAGAAUAGUCUAUUGUGUAAGGACGGUUCGAAGAAGAAAAUUUGGUUUUGGUAAGCCUUGUGAUCCAGCACUUUUAACAUUGUGUCCUUCGUUACAAGUGCAUAGCAUUGGACGCUGAAAUAAGUAGUAGGUGGAUUCUUGAUUUCAAGGGAGCUGUAUUCCCUUAUAACAUCUCAACAAAGGUUAAAGGGCGGUUCUAAGAAUGUAAGUUAGUGUAAGUAGGCCUUCUAUCCAGGAUUUUGAAAGUGUGCAUUUUAUUAUUAUUAUUCAUUGUAGUUGUGUCAAUGGAUACUCACAAAUUGCUCAUUGACUGCAAUAGUCUGCUCCGCGGACCAAACUAACCUCUGGUUAAAUUAACGUCUUCGAUGUAGGCUACCCACUGACUGGCAUGCAAGCAGCUUCCAGUACGUCUAGGCGAGAGCACCUUAAAAAAAAAAGUCUUCAUAUAAGCCAUUAGCUAUUAAGUUAACUAUUACUGUUUUGAGACGUAGAUGUAUCUACAUCUAUGAUAGUUAACAUGUGUUUUUAAAUCUUCUAGGUGAAUUUAACCGUGGGAAACUAGAUGGGACCGAGACUUUUAUCCGCGUUAAACGAAUAGUUAUACACCCGAGAUAUAACGGAAACGGGCUUGCCAAUAACAUUGCCCUUCUUGAGCUAGAGAAACCAGCCAAACUAAAUAACCAUAUACGGAUGGUAAGUUCUUUGUUUUGCGCACUAUUUUGUGAUUCCUAUCGAAUUCCAGCACAUGACAAUCGAAUAAUAUAUAGAUUUAGCCAGGGCUAAAGCGUAGCCUCCAGUUAUUAAAAUUGAUUACUGAAAUCAAACAAUAAACUUGUCAUUCACAAAUCGGUUAACUGGGGAGAUCCGUACGACGUUUAAGGGUGGAAAACAGUGCAAGAAUGAAACAUCUAAAAUCUUACGUCGAGUUAAUAGUCUUAUUCUUCCCAAGCAAAAUGUCCUCUUUGGCCACCUACACCACCUUUAUUUUAUAAGUGUAAUUGGACAGUACCGAAAUAUAAUUUUAUGCUAUAGAGGCCGUAAAAACACGAUAGCCCUCGUUUGCAGCCAAUUUACACGUUAUAACUUAUCGAUUUUAUCUCUCUGUUUAAAGGAAAGGCCAAAAUGAAAUUAAAACAAGGCCAGAUUUUUUUGUGUGUGUAGCUCGCUACUAGUCUGGUAGCUCGUAAACCAGCCUUUUUACAUCAUCUCUGAGGUAAACAGAACUAUCAGGCGUUGUUUGUUUAUCGUUCAGACCUCGCCCUAUUUUACAUAUAAUUCUGCAGCUUUUUACAGAAUUAUCUUACACUGAGACAAAUUGCACUAAUCUAAUAUUCAGGACGAUCGAAGCACGCGCUCCCUUUGCACAACAAAUUAUAAAAAUAAAAACAACACAAAACGUUUUAAUAUAGAGAAUUCACCAUUAGACGGGACUGUUCAUUCAGGUCAAACUGUCAUUAUGUAGUAUAUACAGGGUAAUAAUGGGCUUUGAGCAAAACCUCUCGAAAUAAAUCAUAUUUUAAUUCAAUAUCCAAAAUCACCCGUCCGACCAGCCUCUUCUGAAUGUUGCCAAGCGCCAACUGUCGAAAACUUGAAUGAACACUAGUAAUGCGGAAGAGGUCUCAGAAUUAUUUUCGUUUGCAUUUUACUUCUAAAACACCAUAUUCUUUUGAUAAACGCGGCAUUUUACGUACUCCUUCGUGCGAUGUUCACGGACGACUGAAAACAACAACUGGCAAAGCGAUACGAAAGAGAUCUCGACAAACAAUCAAGACUAGAAAUAUAAUUCAGUGAAACAUUUAAAACGACAAUAAUUUUUAUUGACGAUGAAAUGUAUUGAGAGUGCAAUGUCCAUGAAAAUCCUGAAUCACGAAUAAAAUCUAGUAGAUUUAAGCCUUAAGUUUUAAGCCGCCUUAGCCGUGUCUGUUAUUUUUCAAGAUGAACUCCAGGCAAGAAUAUCGCUCAAAGUUCUCUUUUUUCAACAUUAAGGAUGACUAAACUAUUCUUCAGAACGUUUUCUUUCUAGUCGCGGUCAGAGAAUGUCUCAAGACGUUUUUAAGUUCUGUACUAGGUCAGAUCAUUGUUUCAAAUCUUACAAAUAUGCGUAAAAUGACGGCAUAAACAAUGCUCAUGAAACAAAACAAACAAACAAAGAAACAAACAUCAAAUGCAAUAUAAAUACUCAAGUUUACCGGUCGAGAUGAAGCUCGGAAAGCCAUCUAGUAAGGCCUGAAUCGCUUUAGACUUUUCAACCUUCUUGUGCAUCCAUCAAGGCGAAGUUAGCUUUCUAGGAGCAGCUUUUUUUUUUUUGACAAACACUAACAGCUCGAGUCUAAAAGAGGUAUAUAUUUCUCCUCUAUGGUGACUGACAGUUUUCAAGGAUGACUGUUUCGUUUUUUUUUUUUUUUUUUUUUUUUUGUCCUUGCAGAAUUAAAUCUUUAACUGAUCGAAGCUUGACGUAAACCAUUAAUACCCUUUCAGACUUGGUCCAUGCCAGGAAACGUUGAAGAAAUUUAUUACAACUGUCGAUGGCGCGGCUACCGACUGAACAGUAUGACCGUACGAUUCUCUCCCUGCUCGUAAGGUGUCUUUUUAUCGGUCGGGGAAAACAUUAACGCAACAUUGUUCAUCAUUAUUUCCAUUGUUUUAGGUUAGGGUAGCAAACCAUUUGGGUGUUAGGGCUAGAAGAGCUGCAACAUGGCCUCUCUCCCCGGAAUGAAGAAAAACAAUAUGACCGCUAAAUACAUCCUUUUACCUUUUAAAGUUCUCCUUUAUUAACAAACGUUGAACAUUUAUUUCGGCAAACAAACAGUUAAGUUGAAAAAGGUAUCCUUUUCGAUUUUAAUUUGCAAUAUCGGUCAAUUUACGCAACUUUCAAACUUCUGGCUCAGUUUUUGUUUGGUUGUCUUUGAAAAUGGAAUAAUAAUCACUCAGAGACAAUACAAUGUAAAGAAUUGUUGAGAAAAAAAAACAGCAAAAACCUACCAAUUUAUGAAAAAAAGGUACUUUAAAAACGAACUAAAACAAUAAAAAAACUUUGAUCACGUGACUGAGGACGUCAUAAGUCUCCUUUGGUCAUGAAAAAAAUAUUAGGUGGAACAUUACUUUCUGGCAAAUUUUAUCUGCGUGUUAUAAAAGGUUGACUCUCUACAGCCCUCGGCCUAGUCUCCCGACUUUUUCGCUCAUUUUCGUUACCUCCUAAAAUCUCAAAUGCUGGACGUCAACUGGUUAUUUUUAAAUGCCUCAAAUACGCUAUUUGUUUUUAACUCGUUGAUGCAAUCUUGUGACAGCAACAAAAAACCUAAUUCGGAAAUAGUCACGUGACUGAUGACGUCAUUACCUAAGAUGUGACAUGGGAAGAUAUUUCAUGGUAAAUGUUACCUUGUUGUGGUCUUCUACGUAUAAAAUUGUCAAAGUUAUAAAGCUUUUUAAAAAAUUGCCUCGAAAGAUUCUGGGAGAUUGUUUUAUUGUAAUUAUAUUUUACUUUUAUAAUUAUUAUUAUCGCUGAGUAUGGUCAUAUAAUUUUUCCUUCUGUCUUCGCUUGAAGGUAUGUAUUCCAAAAGGAAAAAGAGACAAAGCUUUGGAAAAGCCGAUGCAGUAUGGGACCGUGGCAGGAUGGGGUUCAACGAAACCAAUUCGACUUGGGGAAUCACCGGGACCAUUGUCUGCAGAGCUGCGGCAAGUUACUGUUCCCAUAAUCCCUGAUAAAGAGUGUAAGCAGGCCACUAUUUAUUCUUAUAACAAAGAAGACACGCUGUGCGCCGGAUUUAAGAGGAAACCUAAAGAUCCUUGUUUUGGAGAUAUCGGCAGUCCCCUGGUCAUGCAGAAUCCACGGUCAGGGCGUUGGAAUGUGAUUGGAUUAUUCGGAUGGAGUGAAGGCUGUGGGAAGCCAAGAAAGUAUGCUUAUUAUACAAGAGUGUCCCGAUAUCGAAAGUGGAUCAGAUCUAUUGUUAAAGGGGGCCAGUGAAUAAGUGGACAAAAAUUGGCAACUCAAUAAUAUAAACUCUGGAUUCACAGAUUGUUUUGUGAUCAGAAAGCUGAUUUGGUAAUUUAACGUUGCCUGUUUAUCCAUCCUGCCACCAGAACAUAACGACCAUUUUCAAGUCUUAAGAAACAACUAAGUUUAGUCAACUUAGUUGUUCACUUAGGGAUCUCAUUCACUGUUAUGGUUAUAAUUGACGGUUCUUCUAGAUCUAAAUAAUAAAACAAAACUGAUAGGGAGGCAAAGGCAAUUUUAAAUAGCUUAUAAAAUGUUACUCUAAAAAAAGGUUUGGUUCCAGUUCAAAAAGUGAGCCCAAUAAUUGUUCAACGAAAGGGUUAAGAUAACAAACCUGUCGGCUUUCAGUGCGCUUUUGCGUACCACCAGCUAAUUCUUAACACAGAGGUUUAUACUGCGGCCGGUCACCAUCUCUAUGAAACAACUAAUGCAAUGGAGUGAUAGCUACAAUUAUCAGCAUGACAUGACAAACAAUCAAACAACUGCAACAAAAACAGCAAUACGAGAGAAAGAGGCGCGUUUUCAUUCGUUUACGCACUCUGCCAUGGUAAUUUGUGUUAAUAGGCUUUUUGCAUGACUGUGAUCAGGUGAGCAACUUUCGGUAAACACGAAAACAGUUCACUUUUGAAAAAUUUUGUUAGCACAAGCUGAAAGACCAUAUUAAAAUUAGGUAACCGGAGAAUUUUCAGCCGAAUAUCUCAAAAGUAGCAAUUGCAACGGCCGCCGAAAGUUAGAAGCAUUUGUAUGAGAAAAACAACUUUUGCUACCCAGUCACCCUUGCAUGGUUUUCCAUACAAAUCCUUGUAAAUUCAGGAGCGGAUCUAGGGGGAGGGUGCAGGGGGUGCGCAACCCCCCCCGAGAUGACCUGCGGUUUUCUUAUACAACUGGUAUUCUGCAAUGCAAAAAAAAAAAAAAAAAAAUUUGGUUUAUUGGUGUUGAAGUAGAGCAAGAGACGAGUGCCCCCCCCCCCCCCCCAUAAAAAAAAAAUCCUGGAUCCGCCCCUGAAAUUCUACUAUUUUUAAACUGUCGUUAAAUCUUUCCCUUACGCAUUUAAGGGCUGAAAUUGCCCGUUACGAAUUAAAAGGAGAUUUGAACACUAAAAUGCUUAAGGAAAUAUUUCAUGACUUCGAAGUUACAAGGAUUUGUAUGGAAAACCAUGCAAGGGUGACCGGAUGGCAAAAGUUGUUUUUCUCAUUCAAAGCCUCCAACUUUCGGCGGCCGUUGCAAUCGCUACUUUUGAGAUAUAGGGCUGAACAUUCUCAGGUUACCUAAUUUUAAUAUGGUCAGCUUGUGCUAAGAAAAUUUUUCAAAAGGGAACUGUUUUCGUGUUUACCGAACGUUUAUCACGUGAUCAAGUCAUGCAAAGAGCCUAUUACAUAUUUCGUCAUAUACGCUACACAUGCCAAAAAAGUGAUGAAAGUUGAAAACUUGGUUUGUCCUCUUAAACCUACACCGCAGAAACGCUCAUGAUAUAUUGAUAUGUUAGAAAGUCAGCCAUUAAGCACUACAAUCCAACAACUUAUAUCCGCACCAUGGUAUAAGACGGUUAGUUUAUAUCUCCGUACUAUGCUGCUGAGGUUUCAUGUUCUGUUAAUUGAAUUUUGUUUCAAAUUUGAGUGUUUAACAGUACUUUGGUACUUAUCCCCGUGUAAUCACUGCUCCUUUGGAGGUCAAGUGCUGACGUUAUAGUCAGUUUAUGUAAAGUACUCGGUAAGUUACACUGUUUAACGAGAAAAAGUAACUGUUGUUAAAAGCAAAGGUUAUUACUUCAGUUUUGUAAAUGAUUCACGUGUUAAAGAAAAAAAAAACGUAACAGAUGUAUCGACGUAUAAACCACAAUGCCAAUUGAAAGACGACGGAAGGAUUGCGAUUUCCAAACGUAUUUAUUGUGGGUACGUUCGUGAAUUAAUAAAAUGCAAUCGAGGUCAAAAAGCUUUCUAUGAAAGUGUUCCCUGUUCAAAUGUAAUGUGAAUGUCUGAAUGGUAUUACUGUGUAUUAUGUAUUUCCAAUGUAAACUUAAUCUCUCCAAGAACUCCAUGCCUGCUUGUCUAACUACUUAUCAUCUGGUGGUUUAUUUUUAUAGGCUUGUCUGUCCGAAUGAUUGAGUUUAGUCUGUCUGUUUACUUGUGUGUCUCGUGUUUGUUUGUUUUUUGUGAAAAACAAACAAACAAACAAAAGAAAAACAAACAAGGUUCCAUCUUCCCCUCUCGGCUCUCAAAACCCCAGUGAUAGUGACCCCACCACGCGUAUGAAGAACCAAGAGAGGAUAAUCUUCUCUCUUGCAAAAACUUAUGAAAUACUAAUGAUGAUGAUGAUCAUGAUGAUGAUAAUAAGGAGAAGACGAAAACCUCCUCCGACGGCGAAGUUCCAUGCAGGUUAUGUGGGAAGGUAGCUGAGAGCGCUGCACAUGUACUGGCUGGAUAUUCCUCCCUGGCGCAAACCAAGUACCUAUAAAGGCGUAAUGCAGCUUUGAAGAUUCUUUUUUUUGAGCUCCUGCGAGAGCAUGGGUUAAUAGAAAAGGUUCCACCAUGGUACUCACCGGUGAUGCCAAAACCGGCCUACCAAAACACCACGAGUGAGGCGUUUUGGGAUAUUCCCAUCUAUGCAGAGCACAACGAAGUUAGAACCAAUCGGAUCGACGCUCGACUUGUCAGCCACGAGAGGAAAGAAGUCUGCACAAUUGAAAUGAGCUGCCCAUGGAUUGAGAGUAGAGCCAAGAAAGAUGAGGGAAAGACAUUCAAGUAUGGGCCCACGAUGUGGCAGCUGAAGCAGAGAUACAAUGGUUACGGGGUUGAACAGUUCAACGUAAUAAUUGACGUACUGGGUGGUUACUGCAAACACCUAGAGAACUCGGUGAGGAAACUACUAGGAGCGCGAGCACGGACCGUACUUGAGCAGAUGCAGAAGUCGGUCAUCUCAACACUUUGAACAUUGCCAGAACAUUUAAGAUAAAUACUUAGUUAGGGCGCUAGGGAGACCACAUUUUAGGUUUAGGUUUUUUUCUAGAAAUCCAGAGACACAAGUUUGCUGAUGUUUUUACUUAAAUUUUAUAAAGUAUUAGAGUUUAAUAUUAUUCUAAAGAGGCUUUUAGUAGAGAUAACCACAUGAUGAUGGCCUCGUUUAGGUAUAUAAGAGAUAAUGAGAGUAUAAAAACUGAAUAAUUUUCUAAAUAGGGUUCUAGUAGAGAUAAUUAUAUCAUCAUGUCUGCGUAGGUUUUACAGAGUAUAAGAAUUUAAUAAUAUUCUAAAUUGGCUUUUUAAGUAGAGAGAUUCAUAUCAUUAUGUAUGUUAAGAUUGUAUUAGGUUUCGUACCGACCUUUUUUUACUUCUAAGUAAGCUUCUCAAGUGGUGUAGGUUACGUUAUGCGCCCUAUACUACUCAUAAUGUGGACAGCAUUCCAAAGUUUUAUACUGCGAGAUAGUAAUAAUAAUGAUAGAAAAUUGUUUUGACGCAGCGUCCGUGUGCUAAAUUGUGCUAACUGUUGUAAAAUACAAUUCCUCCUUUUUUCAAUACAGCCCAUAUAAGGUUAACCUCCCCUUCCCACAAGGUAAUCAUAAUUAGCUGUAGACUCCAUUUGUUUGUAAUACCCUAUUUCCUGUGCGAACGUUCAAAGUCUCCACGCACGCGACAAAAAGCCAGGGAAGUGAUUUGAGCUUGCUUGCUCGCCUAUUUCACCAACAUCGUUCCCAGGUUCUCUCUCCUACCUUCGCUCCGUAGGGAUGGGUAGGAGAAAACCCUGGGAACGAGGCUGGUAUUUCACUUGUUUUACUUUCCCUGACCUAGCUGAAGGGUCAAAUAGUCGUUAAAUUAAGCAGCGAUUAAAUCGUAACUAGAGUAAAUGGUGUCAACUAUCUAGAUGCAACAAAAGCUGAGUGAAAGAUGGAGCAGCAAGGAAGUGACUUCUAUUAAAAGUAAAAUGGUAGGGAAGUUAUUUAAAGUUCUAACUGACUUAGAAAUAAUUUCUUACUUAUACAGAGAGAAUAAUAAGAACAAUAAUGAUAAGUUUAACAAAUAAAUAAAUUAAUUGAAAUCAAAAUAGCACCACAAUAACUUUAUUGACUUUAUCUUCGACAUGAAGAUUUCAGUACCAAAACAGUCAAUACAAUGACAAAUGAAAUAAGGUAAAAUAAAACAGAGUACACGAACAAUAUACAACUACGAUUUUGAUAUAAUACAUCCUGAAUGGCAAUCCUGGCAAUGCUUCCUCUUCCCUUUCAGCGGAGACCGGAAAGAACCAACGUUAAGGACGUGCUUUGUCAUGGCACGAGAUGUUAUUCAGUUUCGAAAUCUACAAAAAACUUCCAAAAAUGCGUAGCACCACCCCCACCCGCCAUACACCCCAAAGUUAAUCCCGACCCAUCUGUUCACAAAACGUCGACACCCCUUCCCACCACCACUAAGACAUGUCUGACGGAAUCAAGCUUUGUAAACUCCCCUCCUGAAAGAUAAACUGGACCCACCACCCAUAGUUCUCCUUCCUCCUCUUUGGAACAUUUCCAACACUUCUAUCUUUAGCUAGACAUGGCUUGAUACCCAUACGGAUAUCAGGUUCAGCCGCAUUUCAGCUACGCCAAACCCAUCACGUUCUUCGUGUUCCUGUUUAGCUGUGACAGUACGUAAUCAGAAAUGACAGUAAUUUGAGGAGCGCCUGUGGCGAAGCGUUUCAGUUGUCAACUUCGCAAUCAAGUCGCCACGAAAAAACUGCUUCUUUGAGUCCUUAUAGUCGGAUGGUAACUUGUGUGAAAUAUGUGGAAAAAGGUCCAUGUACUCGUUAUUUUGGCCCUUAUUUAUCCUGUAAUAGACUGCCGCAAGAACAGAAAAAAAGGUGAGGAUUUACGUUCACUGUUUACUUCCUUCUACCGCAGUCUUUGGUUUAUCAAUGUCUUACAUAAAAUACAAUGCUCUUUUUUAUUUAGACUCUGCGAAAUCGACGAAGUGUCCUAGAACAAAUUCUAAAGCUUUUAGAUACUGUACUAAGAGAACUUGCAGAUUGAACGGUGACUGCAAGUCAAACGAGAAGUGUUUAUGCGAUGGAGACUGUGGGAUGAGCUGCGUUAGAAACAGUAAGUGAUCAUGUUUAACUGAUAAUAAUAGUAUUCAUCUUUUGGUAGUGAUGUAAGUUACUAAACAUUAAGUGUAGUUGUUUCUUUAACACGCCGCCAUGCACUGACGACACCGAGACAGUCUAUUGUCAUCAACGAGCACAGCCUCAGCAGCAUAAUUGUCCAGAAAAAUUAGAAUUAAAAUGUAUCGGCUCUUCACUGUGUACCAAUUACAACUCAGGUAGAACUACUGGCGGAAUAUAUCAUAUUGGGCUGUUUGUUUCUUUCUUUGUGUGCAUGCGUGACUGCUGAUUGAACGCGUGACUAAUGACACACACACGAUGUCCAAUGAGAAUGAAGAUCGAGCACAGUUCCGAUUUCUUCUCAAUGUGGGAAAUCAAGGAACGAUUGCCUUGCGUAUUUUGUGUGACGUAGGCGAUCCCUAUUAAUAAUGAUGAUAGACUCUCUGGGAAAAGGUUAUAGUUUUUUUUGCCCUGAAAUCCCUGAAAGCGUUAUAAUCCAUGAAAUUAAGCACAUUUUUUUGGCGUCAAAUAAAAAGUAAUAUAAUGAAAAGCAGGGGAAAAGAUCCCUGGCUGUUUAGGUGUGUUCAGUAUCAUAGCUGGAGGCUUCGCACAAAAGUAAAUACUCUUUGUAUGCGCUAAGCCAGACGACAGUCCUUUAGUCGUCAUAGACCGGAGCUACAAUCAUUGGGAAAGGUGCUGCUUUUUUACCUCUUUUUUCCCUUCGGGCCCCACGGGCCCAAUGUUAAAGAACUAAAAGGAAAAAAUAAGUGCUUUACGGGUAAACAAAAAGCAGUUUACGGUGUUCAUGAUUUAUGAUCCAUUUCAAUUCUUUUGCAUUUUUCUACCCUCUAUCUUUUUUAUCCUUCUUUCUGAAAGCACAAAAAGUGGGAACUUGCACUCUCAACUCUCCCUUUUUAUUUUACUUGACGCCUUUUUUAGAGUCUUUUUAAUUAUUAUACGGCACUUUUUACGCCUACCCGAAAGACCAAAGGUUGGGUUUAGUGAUGGAUAAGUUUCAAGUACAAAAUGCAACACAAAGUGUACUCAAGCCUUGAUGAUCCUUACUCAUAACGCAAGCACCUCUAUCGAACAUAAAGUCGCAUGAUUGACUUUAAAAAAGUGUUGAGUAUUUGAAACUCUGACUCUGUUUAAAGGACAAAAAGCUGUUUUAGAACUUGUUAGGACUAAAUACAAUUUGCGGCGCUCCCUUAGAAAGAGAGGUCAAAAAAAGGGCAAGUGCACCCUCCAUUGUAAUAUAUGAGGCAAUCUAUAUUUAACGAUCUGUUUCACUUCACUUAAAUAACCACGUUUCAUUUCAGACCUUAAGUGUAAGCCUCCACCUAAACCGAAGAAUUCGCAACAGAGGCUAAGCAAAGGAUUCAACUUUGGCAGUGUAGUGACGUAUAGUUGUACUGGACAAUACAAAGUACGUGGCUCAGCCAAACGGACAUGCAGAGCAAUAGGACAAUGGGACGGACGAAAAGCUAGAUGCAGUGAGUAUAUCGAGCCUGAUACGACUAGACCAAAGUGAAGUCUGUAGUUUAUUUAGAAAGUAGGUGGCAGUAAUAAAAUCCGUUUGCUAAUCAUGAGUGAACUGGUUUAAUUUGAUUGAUUUUACAUACAGUCAAAGGACACCUCAUUAUUAUGGACAGUUUGCUUUGUCCCUGGGGGAAGAAAUCAUAUUGGACAUGUGUGAUUUAACCUGCUUAGUACGGGUAGAACACUGUCUAAUUCUAUGACCCCCUCAUUGUUGUAUCAUUGUAUCAUUGAAAAUCUUUAGGAGUAAUGUGCGAUGAUCCAGGGGAUAUUGCAUUUGGAAAUAGGCGUUAUGACGGGUUUCAAGCGGGAAAGACUGUCAUAUAUUGGUGCUAUGAUGCUUACGAGUUAGUGGGUUCACCCAGGAUGACGUGUCAGAAUAAUGGAAGGUGGAGUGCUUCCAAGCCGAAAUGUGAACGUAUGUAUGAUAUUAUUUGUUAUCAUUAUUUUUUCUAGUGAAGUACUGACGGACAAAUAACGAGCAGAAAAUUUAAUUUUUGUAUUUUACAGUCCGUUUUAUUUAUUUAUUUAUUUAUUUAUUUAUUAUUCUUUCAAGUUCCUUGAGAUAGGUAUCUAUGGAAGCCUGUGAGCAAAAAAAAAAGUUUGCGAGUAUUAAAAAAACAAUCUUUCUUUUCCCUAUUACCCCGUAAACUUUGUGAGGAUGUGGGGUUACAUCGAGAGAAAAAUUAGAGGGAGAAACGGACUGCAUGAACACAGCAGGGUUGGCUCUGCCGGUAUGAGAGCGCUGAUUGCAGAGCGUGUCAGGUCGCUGUGCUUUGCCCUGCAAAUGGAAAAAGCGGCUCCAUCGCCCUUUGUAGUGUCAUAAAAAUGGUUUGCAAAGUAAUAAAAUAAUAAGAUUUGAAUACCGUGUCAUAUUGUUUUAUUCUUAUACAGUUCCAAGAUGCAACCCUCCUCGCUUUCCAGAUGAGGCCAUAGUUAUCCACCCGCGAAAAAUGCCGAAAAAGUUUAAGCACAGUGAUACUAUUUUACUCAAAUGUAAAGAUGGAUAUUUUAAAAGUGGCAUUGGAGCAAUGAAAUGUAAGAAAGGGGACAUUUGGACAGGAGGAAUUACAUGUUCACGUGAGUUUCGUCUUUGUUGUCCUUAUAGUUUAACAAAACACGUUUUUCUUGAGAAGCUUUUUGUCUUGGUCGUUUAAAGGGUGUAUACACAGUACUUAUAGCGCGCACUUUCUAUGGAAUGUAUAAACCUGCUGGACGAAUUUUACGAUCAUUGCCACUCUUCACUAAAUAAUCUCGAGUCUACUUUAGUUGUGGCUCACCUAAAGGAGUAUUAUUUAAGGAGCUUUGAUCACAAGUACAGUUGUUGCUAAAACGUUGUGUGACAGUAAAAUUUAAUAAAUAAUAAAUAUAAAUAAAUAAAACAGAAAAAACCCACAAAAACAAAAACAUUUCUUGACGACAGUAUGCACUAAUUUAAGGCACCUAAACUCACAGGAGCGGUGAUUUCCUACAAUAAUGUAAGCUGACAAGUGCUGGACACAGUUAGUUCCUGGUACCUCUGGGAUUUUCCCAAAAUAAGCAGGCUGAAAAAAUACUGUGACAAUGUUAAACAAAGUUAGCAGAACAAACGAUUUAAUAUGUUUUUGCGUUAGUACUUUAUUAUAUAUAUGUCACCCUAAAUUGCACUUGGAUUUCGUAGAUUAUUGAAUAAUUUAAAACGGUGAAACUGUGAAAAAAAACAAAAAUACUGUGACAAUGUUAAACAAAAUUAGCAGAACAAACGCUUUAAUAUUUUUUUGCGUUAGUACUUUAUUAUAUAUAUGUCACCCUAAAUUGCACUUGGAUUUCGUACAUCAUUGAAUAAUUUAAAACGGUUAACUAACUACUACGUUCAUUGAUCUGUUAUAUACUAGCUAAAAGCUGUGGCCGCCCCAAAGCUAUUUCCCACGGGAAAAUCAUUGGUUACGUGUAUUCGUUCAAGGAGAAGGUGCGGUACACUUGUAAUGAGGGAUACAAACUAAGGGGACCAGCUUACAGGCAGUGUCAGGCAAACGAGAAAUGGAGUGGAAGUGAUCCCAUUUGUAAUGGUAAGCAAUGGGUUGGCGUUUAACGCGUUUUAAGACAAUGUGCAUCGAAAGUCCAAAGAAUGUUUCCAUUUUAUGUGACAAACAGUUGUCUUAUAUUUUAUAUGUAACGUGGCCAUGACUUUGGGUUAAAUUGUAGUUCUGCCAGUGGUUUUCCCCAUCCAUCCAUCCAUCCAUCCAUCCAUCCAUCCAUCCAUCCAUUUAAUUUCCUGAAGACAGGAGGUUGGCAAAGGUUUCCCCGGUAUUCAAAGCAGGUGAACGUAAGGAUCCAAAUAAUUAUAGACCAAUAUCAGUGUUAUCAGCCAUAUCCAGGGUCUUUAAAAAGCACGCAUAUGAGCAAAUCUAUCACUAUUGAAGUACAAAUGAUAUAUUAGAUCCACGUCAAUCAGGCUUUAGCUCUCUCCACUCAACAGUAACCGCCCUUCCCGAUCUUACAAAUCAAUGGUGUUUUAACAUAGAUAGUGGACUGUUCAAUGGCGCUGUGUUUUUGGAUAUUAAGAAAGCCUUCGAUACUGUGGAUCACUAGCUUCUUCUGACAACAUUAGAAUAUAUCGGAGCUCAUGGGCAUCCCUUAGAAUGGUUUAAAUCUUAUUCAUUUAACAGAUUUCAGGUUGUAUAUAUAAAUGGGGUACUCUCCGAGAAUAUCUACUCUAAAAUGUGGAGUUUCCCAGGGCUCAAUACUUGGGCCUCUUUUGCUUGCAGCAUCCCGGAGCUACAACACGAUAUAAACGUAGAUUUACUAUAUCUCCAAAACUGGCUGAUAACAAAUAGACUUACUCUGAAGGUUUUAAAAAACGAAUAUAUGUCGGUUGGUUUGAGGCAAAGAAUUGCUACUGUUAUACAAGGAGAAGAGCUCGUUCUUCUCAUAAACGGAAUUUCAUUAAAAAAAAAAAAAAAAAGGAGCAGUAGCAAAUGUGUAGCUGUAGAAAUUGACGAGUUUGUGACGUGGGACUCCCAUAUUACAAGUGUUUCAAAAAAGGUAUCAUCUGUUAUAGAAGAUUUAUAAAAGAUUAGGCGAUUUGUUCCUACUUCCAAACUGAUAAUAUGUGUUAAUCAGUCAAUAGUCGAACCAUACUUUGACUAUUGUAGUAUUGUCAGCGAACGUUUCACCGACAAACUUCAAAAGUUGCAAAAUCGCGGCUAAACGAAUAAUAACAGGUGCUGAUUACCAAACCCUGACAACUGAAUUGUUAAGUAGGCUUGGUUGGACUAAUCUUAAAGAUAGGAGAAACAAACAAAAAGCUCUUAUGAUGUUUCAAAUUUUUAAUGGUAUGACCCCAGACUAUACUUUUUAGAAGAAUGUUUUUCGAGUAACAUCGGACCAUCGAUAUAUAAUCCAUUGGAGCUUUUAAAAACAAAUUACAAAACCUCGACCUCGAGGGUGUUUGCCGAUGCUUACCUCCAUCAAUGUUAAGUUCAUCUUCGACAGUGCACGUUUAGGGUUGUUCAGCUCCGCAAAUAUUCUCCUAAUAGCAAAUGUCGCCCUUCCAGUUGUCUUUUUGAUGUUGUUGCCAUGUUUUUAGCUUUUAUUUCGCCUAGUUCUUCUUACUCUUAGAACGAGUGAAAUGUCCGCCAUUUUUGUUUUCACAGCCAAAACAACUCAACAUCGUCCCCAGGUCUUCUCGGUUAAAGGGGCAUUAACCUACAAGGAAGCUGCACUUUUGAUGCCAUCGGUUAAUUAAUCGCAAGAUUCUUCCAUAUUUGUUGAUCAGUAGCUGUUCAUGGUGAAUUAUGCUUGUGCUUUUAGCCAAUCAGAAUCGGGGAUGAAUAAUAAUAAUUGAAUGAAUAAAAAAAAAUACUUAAACUAUACUUAUACUUAUUGUUAUGUAUAUAUGUAUAUAUAUAUAUAUAUAUAUAUAUAUAUAUAUACAUAACAAUACCUUAAGUAUAUAUAUAUUCGUUUUUUGAGUAGAACGUAUUUCGUAGAGCGCUCGACUCAAUAAAAAAGUGUUAUUGUAAUAUUGUAAUUCAUGGCUUUUGGGAAGAACAGAAGUGCAAUGUAUUGUAAUUUUUGUCACCGUGAUCAAAUGAAUUUUUCUAUUCUAUUUAUCCAUGCACAUCCAUCCAUCCACCCACCCACCCACCCACCCAUCCAUCCAUCCAUCCAUCCAUCCAUCCAUCCAUCCAUCCAUCCAUCCAUCCAUCCAUCCAUUUAUCUAUCAAUUUAUCCACCCAUCCAUUCAUCCGUCCGUCCGUCCGUCCGUCCGUACAUCCACCCAUCCACCCAUUCAACCAUCCUUCAUCCAUCCCAUUCCAUUUUCAUCCAUAUCCAAUUCCCACCCGUUCCGAUGUUGAGGUUUUCUUUCUUCUUGUGCUGUAGCCGUGGAUUGUGGUCCUCUUAAUGCACCUGUUGAUGGAACCAUUAUUGAAAGAGUGGCCUACACCUAUGGUCAUAGAAUUGUUUUUGAAUGCAAAUCUCCGGGUUAUGAAAUGAAAGGAUCAAAAAUAAGGACUUGUCUAAGCAAUGGCCAGUGGAGCGGCUCCCGCACAACAUGCGAGAGUAAGUACUUUAUCACAACCGCUCGUGCUAAGUACAACCCUGAAUUUAAUUAUUCUUGACGAUAAGUUUACGUGCUUCUGAUUUAAAUUUGGUUAUUAAGCUGUGCAUGUUAUUGGUUACAUAGAUCUCUUAUUGUACGAAGGUAUUUUAUUUCAUUAAGUAAUUUGAAUUUAAUUAUUUGAUGAUAUCAUUUGGUAUAUGCUUUUUCGCUAUACUAUCACUUCUAAGGAAACCAUUUUAUGUAUCAAGAAAGAUCUUAUUUAAGAAGUAACAUAGACAUUAAGAAUGAGGAAGACGGCUAUUGUUAGUGCUACUACUGUCUUUCCAUGUAAUUCAAGUGUCUAUUUUAGCAUCAGAAUCAAACAAGGAGAAAAGUCGCACUCUGUGGGUCUAAGAAAUGGCUUCACCUUACACAGAUACCUAUUGCACUUGGCGUUUUUUUUUUUCUUUAAUCGGGCUUUUUUAUUCUGUUAAAUGUUAAUCAAUUAUUCUUGCCUGCUUUUGUCUGACAGUCUGGAUAUUAUCGCAAUUUCAAACCGUUUAUUAUUUUAUAUAAUUUAUUAUUAUUAGGGACCACUUAGAGAAAUAACUGAGUUGCAUAUUUCUAUAAACAGUUGUCAAGUGUGUUGAUCCUGGCACACCAGCGAAUGGAAUCCAGAAGGUCAAGAAAGGCUUUGUUUACGGCGGAUCGGUGACAUUUGUAUGCAAUAAGGAUUAUAUUUUAGAAGGAACUGAUACUACCUACUGCCGUGCUGAUAAGAGUUGGAAUUCUCCCGUUCCGCGAUGUUUGGGUACGUUUAGUCAGUUAAUAUGGAAUUAAUUUCAACAUUUAGAGAGAAGGAUUAGUUAGGGGAGUUAGUUAGUACGCGGCCUUCUGUGCGGGAGGUACUGAGUUCCAUUCCCAGUUGUGACUACAAAUCCUACGAUUUCUUUCCUUUCCGUGCAGCUUUGAGUAGCUUUUUAAAUACCCGUAUUAUUUAAAUGUCGAUCUCCCUUUUAUUCCACAGCCCCUUGUCCAAAUCCGGGCGUUCCUUACCAAGGAUACAGAAUCGGCCAAGAUUUCCGUCAUGGUCGAACAGUAAGAUUCACUUGCCCCAGAAACCAUGUUAUGGAGGGCGUGCCAGCAAUCACGUGUUCAAAUGGUCGAUGGGAUCAUAACAAGCCUAGCUGCAAAGGUGCAGUACAUCCUUUUUUAAGCCUCCUCUACCCCCCGUGGGGCGGGAGAAGCUUCGUUAUUUCAAGCACGUUUUAGAGAGGAUCAUUUAAGUUAGCGAUACAAGGAGCUAUACUGCUCUUUAAAUCACCCAGAAGAUGAUAUCAGUUCUUCAUAAGGAACUAGAACACAAGGUGGAAAUGCCCAGAUGAAGUUGUAGGCCACCGCCAUGAUUAAUUUAUACAGUCUAUCUUUUAAUAAUCUGGAUGGCAGAGGGGAAGGGGUGUUUAAAAGAGAAAGGAGAGGAACUUAUCCUGUUCCAGGCGUUCAGAUAGUGCAGUGCGACGCGAAGUCAGAGAGCGGGAAAAGGAAUAAAGAGGGAAAGAGGGAGAGGAAUUUUGUUGAUUUACGGGUAACUAAAUUUAAGGUCUCGGUAAAUGAAAAUUUUAGUACAUUGCUCGAUUUUGUUUUUUUUUUUAUUUUUGGCAGGAGUGGGUCCUAAAUUUUAUUUUGGCAGAAAAAGAAAAUCAGAAAGUGCUUUUUAACCCUUCUAAAAUGAGCUUUUUCUGAGCUAACCAGCCAAGCGUGGACCUCGCGCUAAAUCUUUAGAGCUGAUUUUCUCUCACUCUAUUUCAGACGCAAAAAUCAAAAUUCUCCGACCUCCAGUCGGGACAGGUUUUAAGCUAUCGCUUUGAAACUUUCAGAUAUGAUGGAUAAUGAUAUAGACUCAAAAAGGGUGUGAGGAAUUUUCCGAUUUCCCUUUGUAACUCAUUUUAUGUCAGUUUCUUUGCGUAAAUCGCGCUCGAGAUUCGACUUUUUAGUUUGAAAUGUAAUAAUUCCCCUAAUACGAGACAUAUGCAAAUUUCCUCACACCCUUUUUUAGGUCUUUUAUCUGUCAAUCAGAUGCAAUAAAAAGAAAGUGAAUAUUUAACAACGCGAAAGGGCUGGAGGUUCAGCAGUAAACUCGAUACCU